AUGCUGCACGACGAGGGCGAUCGCGUCAAGGCGCUGCAUGGGCGCCUGCUGCUGUCAGAGGUCAUCGCACAGAACAAAGCACUCACGGCCCACAAGGCGCGCGUGGCCGGUGCCCGCAAGGCACAGGAAGCGGCGUUCGUGGAGCAGCAGCGGCGCGCUUUGGAGGCUGCAGAGCAGGUGGAGCUGGCCAAGCUUGAAGAUGAGAGGGCUAGGCUGCGGGCGCAACGCGAUGCCCAGUCACAGCAGCUGGAGGAGGUGAAGGCCCGCAUCCUGGCUGAAAGGGCGAUGGACAAAGCGGAGGGAGAGCUGAUCAAGCGCAAGGCGGCAGAGGAGGCCCAAGAGCUGCAUGAGAAGGAGGCGGCCUGGCGCGCCAAGAUGGCUGCCAUGAAUGAGGCCACCACAGCGGCCAACGCUACUCUGCAGGCCUUUAGGGCCGCAGAGAGGGAGCGCGAGCGCCUGGCUGAUGCAGCAGUGGAGGAGUACUGCAAACGCAAGGCAGCCACUGACGCGGAGCGAGCGGCAGCGCUGGCGACCAAGGAGGCAGCAAAGGAGGCUGGACGACUUGCGCAGGUCGCUUUGAUGGAGCGCAAUUACCUGGCCUGGCACACCAAAGCAGAGGAGGCGCUGGCAGCGAAUGUGCAGCAGGCGGAGGACAGGGCUGCAGCGGAUACGGACACGCAGCGGCGCAGGCGCCAGCAGCAGCAGGAGGCCGCCCACCGCAGCAACCAGCAGCAGCUGGCGCGCAAGGCGAGCGAAGUUGAGGCCCAGCGCAAGGCGGACCAUGCGUUCUGCGAGGCGUGGGGCGUGCGCCUGCAGCAGCUUCGUGAGGAGGAGCGCCAGGAGGCCCUGGAUGCACGCGCACGCGCCCUGGCCGUGCAGCGUUUCCAGCAGUGGCAGGCGGCGCGACGCGGCGCGGCGUGCAAGGCGGAGCACCGCUCUGGUAUGCAGGCGGCUCUGAUGGCCGAGGCAGCGGUGGCAGAGCAGGCGGAGGACUUUGCGGCCUAUGCAGCAGCUCUGCGCGAGGAGGUGCGCCGGCGCGGCCUACCCCUCGCACCCAUCGACCUCUACUUGGCGGCCAAACAGCCCUCCAUCGCGGCCACCAUGUAG